AUGGGGUCAUUAGAAGCUGGACAUAGGCACAGAGAUCAUCUCCCAGCUAUCGGUUUUCUGGGCUCUAGAGGUCCCGCCACAUCUCCAGCCCCCCUCAUCAGUCCGACGACCAUGUACCCAAAUCAACCUCUUCCUUAUUCCUACUCGACGAUUCCAACGAGCGGAGGACCUGGAUAUAUUUCGCCACCGGAGUCGCGACGCGCGGACGAUGAGAAGGAGAAAGCACCGCGGCAGUCGUUGCCGUCUAUACACGAAGCGUUAGGGAAUGACAACCCUCUACCAUACCCACCACCUCCAACAUCAGCUGCUCCUCAACAACAAAAUAGUGCACCACCACCGCAUCACCUUUCCACCAAUCUCGGCCGUGGGGAAGGGCCAUCAGGACCCCCAAACCCGUUUUCGAAUGGAAGUUCUUACCUUCGUGAAUCAUCUAUGUCACACCAGCCACAACUACAGGCGGAAGCAUCACGGUCAAGUUUAGUGUCUUUGAAUACACAGGAGUCACGGAAUCCUUCGCUUAAUUCCAUCAGCUCUGGAAAAUCCCCAACGCAAAGUGCAAGCACAGGUAUCACCUCAAUAUCGGGUUCGCAGACAGGGCCAGCGUAUGAUUAUAAUGCGCCACCUUCAGCUGGUAGUGUCGCCUCGCCAGGUGGAUAUGGUGGUUUUUCACAGCCUUUCCCGUUCCAGUCACAACCCCCACCGGGGGCACCGGUAUAUCCUGCUGCAUCAUACGAGGCUCGGCCUUAUGGUACCCGGGUAGAUGAAGUAAAAGCUGGAAUUACGGGCCCUCAUUUUGCCGGACCUCCGAAUGACUCCGUGAAACGCCAUCUCGAUGUUUAUGAUUUUGAGACAUCGCUCAAUGAGAUGGUUGACUUGAGCACCCGAACUUUGGACUUCUCACGACAUUAUGCGAACAAAGCACACCAGUCCCGGUCUGGACCAGUAAUGGGUUCUCUGCCGUCUCUCCAAGAGGUCGAAGAAAUGCUCAAUAUUCAACGGCGGAAUCACGAUGCUCUUGUGCGCAUAAGGACCGCGGUCUACAACCAAGAACAUGCCAUGGCCGAGCAGAUGGCGCAGAGAAAGGCGUUUAAGCUUGGAGUGCAUGACGACGACCGCAUGGCGAUGUACCAGGAGGAAUUUAAGGGCAGCGGAUUUGCUGGUCCAGACUCAAAGAAACGGCGCGGUAAAGCUGCUCCUCCCGGACGAUGCCAUAGCUGUAACCGUGCUGAAACGCCAGAAUGGCGUCGCGGCCCAGAUGGCGCACGAACAUUGUGUAAUGCCUGCGGCUUACACUAUGCGAAGUUGACUCGCAAAAUGGGCGCUAAACAAGCAGCGGGCUUGGGGUCCAACCUCAAACCCAAGACUGCACUCGACUCUGUCUCACCAAGGAGUCAUUAA